AUGUUUGUAUCAUCUCGAAACAUGGAUCUCUUUGGCAAUGUUCGAGCUAGGGAUGCACCAAUUCCAAUUCUUGGCUUGGAAUCGGCGGAAUUGUUACAAAUCAUGGAUUCACCACCAUCGGUAACAAUUAAAACUAUUAAACCUAAAGAAAUACUUUCAGAAGAAAAUCGACAAAAACAAAUGAAACUAUGUUCAUUACCAAUUCGUCUUGUUUGUGAAACAUUACUUGUAUUACUCAUUUUUGGACCAUUACUUUUGUUUUAUGCAAAAUGGCCUGCUGGAAAAGAACAUAUUUAUGGAAAACUUCGGACAAAAACAAGUCUUGAACCGACGUCAGCCGGUUUUGAAAGUUGGACAAAUCCACCUGCAAAAACAAUACGUGCAUAUCGUUUAUUUAAUGUAACAAAUUAUAUGGAUGUAAUGACUGAUAGAAAUGAUCCUACAAUAGAAAUUGAAGAAACAAAACCAUUAAGAUAUCGACUUUUUGUUAAAAAAAAUAAUAUUAAAUGGUUAGAUGAUAAUAAAAAAAUUCAUUAUGCUCUUGAACGUUUAUUUACACGUGAAGGAGAUUUUGAUGAAGAAUUACUUAAUCAAGAAGGUGCUUUUGUUGAUAUUCUCCGUGUGAUGUUUCGAACAAAAUUUGGUCGUGUUGCUAAUUCAGUUUUUUAUAUGCUUGGUGGACAUAAUGUUUUUAAUUAUUCAAAAGUUGUUGAUAAAUUAGAAGGUUAUGUAUCACCUAUAUUUUCAGCAAUAUCAUCAAGAAUGCAAGGACCAAAUAAAGAGAAAUAUGGAUUUAUUUAUCGAUAUAAUGGAAGUAAUGGAUUUAAUUAUACAAUUCAUACUGGUAUUCAUAAUUCAUCUAUAAAGGGACAAGUGGUUAAUUUUGCAUCCGAAUAUACACCAUUUACAACAGAGGCUGAAGCAUGGGAAACAGAUUUUUUUGAUGGUGUAACAUUUCCAGCUGUAGGUAAUCCACCAAAUCGAAAAGUUAUCAAUGUAUUUCAACCAGAUUUUUGUCGACCAGUACAACUUCGAUACAAUCGAACUGUAUCAAGAUUUGGUUUUGAUCAAUUACAUGAAUUUGUUUUAAAACUAGUUGAUUUUAAUCAAUGCCCACAAAUGGAUGAAAAUUGUACAGAAUCAGAUAAACUUGAUAUCACUAGUUGCCUUUCUGCUGAACUUCCUGCAGAAACUGUUUUUCUAACAAAACCACAUAUGUAUGGUCAUAAUUCAUCAUCAACAAAUGUUGCCUUUAAACCUGAUUUUCAUAAACAUGAAUCAACAAUUUAUUUUGAACCACUUACUGGUACACCAAUUAAAGCUCAAUUACGUAUACAAUUGAAUACUAAUGCUUGGAUUGAUCGUAUUAGAAUUAAUGAUUUGGGUGCAACUGAACCAACUAAUAGUCGUGCUGUUCGUCGUCUUAUACCAAUGGUGUGGAUUGAUCAAACAAUAACACUUAAUGAAGAAACUGCAAGUGCUAUAAGACUUGCCUUUCGUAUUCUUCGAACAGGUGAAAGUGUCCAUCAAUCACUUAAAUUAGCUUAUAUUAUUGUGGCAUUAUUCUCAGUUAUUGCUGCUAUUGGUGUAACUGAAUUAUUCUUCUGGAAUCGACGACGUCGUACAUUAGAACUGAAAGACAAAGGCUUGUAUCUAUUUGCUCAAUAUUUGAUAAUGAAUGCACAGGAUCUUUUUUUCUUAUCAAACGCUUAG